AUGGAGGCCCUUAUUUGUAUGUCUCCUGUAGAGGCUCUAGUAGCAGAGGGGGAAAAGAAGGAAAGAGUCGCAGCCGGAGCUCAGUUCACUCGGAUUGUAGCGAACUUUGCGCACUGCCCUCAGGAUGCUACUGAUGAUGUGGUGCAGACAUAUGCUCGUGUUCACAUGUGGUACGUUAUCACCAGGACUUUGUUUGCUCACGCCAUUGGCAAGAAUGCUCCAUGGGUGUGGCUUAAGGCGCUGACCGUCUUUGACAACCUAUGGAGUUGGGAUUCGACGGCACUGGCCUACUUGUACCGACAGUUGGAUGAUGCUUCUUGUAGGAUCUCAAAGGACGAAUGUAUUGGUGGUUGUAUUCUCGUACUUUCUGUAUGGAGCUGGGAGCGCCUGCCAGUCGAACGCCCGAAGGACAUAACGUACAAGGGUUGGGAUGACCAAGGCGACGAACUACGGCUCCCCACCUGGGCUUACAAGUGGGAUGUGGUAACCGAGAUGACUAGUGAUGUCAUUAUGAUGUAUAGGCAGUACACCAACGAGUUGGACACUGUUACGGCUGAGCAGGUAAACAUUGACUUUACAUCACUCAUUCCCAUGCUUUCAUGA